AGGAGGGAGGGCUGCUGACGUCACAAUGGAAGCCGCAGCCGCGCGCGCCGUGCGCUCGCGAACGGUUUCCUCUAUGCGCGUUUAGGACAGAGGGGAAAAUAGCGGGAAGGAGAGAGCCAGGCGCGCAUCGCAUCCAUCGUAACGCCGAACGAAAAUAAACAACACAAAUAAUAAUAAAAAAACUAAACUUUUUUUUUUUUUUCCCCCCACGGAGAGAUAAACACAGAACACGACAUGGUCCUCCUGCAGCGUUUCCCCAGCUAACGCCAGGCUCGCUCUGCAGUCCGGUAGCUACUACUAGUACACUAUUCUUUUGCUCUCUGAUCAAUUCUUGGGGGUUUUUCAAAAAAAAUUAAAAAAAUUAAAAAAAAAAAAAAAACACACAACGGGAAGAAGCCGUUGAACCUUGUUAUGGACUACGAGAGGCCAAACGUAGAGACCAUCAAGUGUGUAGUCGUGGGAGACAAUGCUGUAGGGAAAACACGACUCAUCUGUGCAAGGGCAUGCAACACCACGUUGACCCAGUACCAGCUCCUGGCCACCCAUGUUCCCACUGUUUGGGCCAUUGACCAGUACCGGGUUUGCCAAGAGGUGCUGGAACGCUCCCGUGAUGUUGUGGAUGAUGUUAGUGUGUCCCUACGGCUAUGGGACACGUUUGGAGACCACCACAAAGACAGGCGCUUUGCAUAUGGAAGGUCUGAUGUGGUGGUCUUGUGCUUCUCUAUUGCCAACCCCAACUCGCUCCAUCAUGUGAAGACUAUGUGGUAUCUAGAAAUCAAGCACUUUUGUCCACGGACCCCUGUGAUUCUAGUAGGGUGUCAGCUGGAUCUAAGAUAUGCAGAUCUGGAGGCUGUCAAUCGUGCACGGCGCCCAUUGGCCAGGCCCAUCAAACCAUGUGAUAUAUUACCACCGGAGAGAGGCCGGGAAGUGGCCAAAGAGCUUGGUAUUCCCUACUAUGAGACAAGUGUCUUUGACCAGUUUGGCAUUAAGGAUAUCUUUGACAACGCCAUUCGAGCUGCUUUGAUCUCACGGAGGCACUUGCAGUUCUGGAAAUCACACCUGCGGAAAGUGCAGAGGCCCCUUCUGCAGGCUCCUUUCCUACCCCCCAAGGCCCCGCCACCACUGAUAAGGAUCCCAGAAUGUCCUUCCACCAGCCAGAAUGGCCCACAACACCUACUGGACAGUCCUUUCUGUGCUGAUGUGAUGUUUAUUGUGCAGGACCACAUCCGCAUAUUUGCUCACAGGAUCUACCUGUCUACCUCAUCCUCCAAGUUCUAUGACCUCUUUCAGAUGGACCUCUCUGAUGAAUCUGAGUGUUUGGUUGUGACUGAACGGCACGGACGAGACCAACUGAUGAGAACCCUCAGCCUUGAUACAGAGGAGGACACCGCUGCCACACCCACUCUCUCCCCCUGCUCCCUCAGGGCAUCCAAGAGCGAUGGCACCCUGAAGAUGAUGAGUUUUAGUGGGAAGCACAGGAGGACCAAGCUGUCCCUGGCCUCCUGGAGCAAGGCUUUCUACAGCAUCCACAGAGAGACAGUCCUCAACCCCGUGACCAACACCCCAGCCCCCAUGACGGUGGUCAAGAUGGACUAUUCCAUCCAGCUUGGCCCAUUCAGCGCGGUCCUUCGGUUCCUCUAUACAGGGGAACUGGAUGAACAUGAGAAGGACCUCAUGAAAAUCGCUCAAAUAGCAGAGAUUCUUGAGGUCUUUGACCUAAGAAUGAUGGUGGAGAAUAUCAUGAAUAAGGAAGGUUUCAUGAAUCAGGAAAUUACGAAAGCGUUCCAUGUCAGAAAAGCAAAUAGGAUCAAAGAAUGCUUAGCUAAGGAUACUUUCACAGAUGUCAAAUUCAGUUUGGACGACGGAACCAUCCAUGCUCACAAGCCUUUGCUGAUAUCCAGUUGCGACUGGAUGGCUGCUUUAUUCGGAGGUUCAUUCAUGGAGAGCUCCAACAAUGAGGUCUCCUUCCCCAACACCAGCAGGGUGUGCAUGCAGGCUGUGCUGGAGUACCUCUAUACCAAUCAGCUUUCUCCGAUGGCAGACCUGGACCCGAUGGAGCUGAUUGCGCUGGCCAACAGACUGUGCCUUCCUCGACUGGUAGCUCUGACAGAACAAUAUGCUGUCAACGAGCUGCUGAAAGCCUCGAAAGAUGGACAGGAUAUAGAUGGAGAGGUCCUCACCUAUCUUGAAAUUGCUCAGUUCCAUAAUGCUAAUCAGUUAGCUGCUUGGUGCUUACAUCAUAUCUGUACUCAUUACAACAGCAUUUGUGCCAAUUACCGCAAAGAAAUCAAGUCCAAAUUACCAGAAAACCAGGAGUAUUUUGAGAAGCACAGGUGGCCCCCGGUGUGGUACCUGAAGGAGGAGGACCACUACCAGCGCGUGAAGAAGGAGCGAGAGAAGGAGGACGUGCUCCUCAAUAAGCAUCAUUCCAGGCGCAGGUGGUGUUUCUGGAGCACCUCAGCUGCGGUGGCCUGACUACGCUGUGCAAUUCAACCCUCUGACUGGGCUGUGUAAUUGGCCCAAUUAAUCGGGCCCCAUUAUUGGGUGAUGUGAUUGGCAGGAGUAUUUGGGCCCCUCUGUGACUGUGGCACUGGUGUGCGAUCGAAUCCGCUUCAAUAUUCUCUUGUCUUAACCUUCAGAGGAUGUAUCUGUUGAAGCACUGGUGUUAUUUUAUGUAUAAUGUUGGUCGAUAAUAACCCUUAUCCCGUUUGAAGCACAAAUGGUGUGCCCAGCGAAUAGGAGUCAUCAGACUGUACGGAUGAUGCCCCCCUCCCCAAAUACUGCUUUACACACACAGUGGAUGGAGAUUUUGUGGAUUG